AUGGCGCUCAACACCCGGGCCUGGGCCCUGCUGGAGGCAGUGAGGGAGAAGGCAGCUUGCCAAGAAACUCGAGAGAAGCAGCUGGCAACUGAGGCGUCUGAGCUGUGUGUGAGGCUCCAGAGCUCUGAGGAAAGAGCAGAGGCCAUUGCCUCACAGUGUAAGGCCAUGGAGCUGGAGCUGAGGAAGAGACAGGCUGAGAGAGACAAUCUCAGGGCUCGCAAUAAGGAGCUGCUGAAACAGCUGGAGCAAACAAUGUUGAGGGCAGAACACCUGAAAAUCUCUCUGGAAUGUUCCCAGAAGAAAGACACCAUUGCCCAAAAGGAAGAGGAUGUGAUUCUUCGUCACUCUCUGCAGAAGAAACUGGAAAACCUGGAGAAGGAAAGGAACCAUGUUCAGCAUGAACAGGAAUUGUACCAGCAGCACAUGAGAUAUCUGGAAAAGGAGAAUGAAAUGCAUGAAGCUGACAUGCAAAGUCAAAAGGAACAAAUGCAACAACUGGGCACUGAAAAGGAAACCAAGCUGGAGGAGUGGGAGCAUGGGGCUGCUGCUUUGCAGAAAUGGAGGGAGUAUGCUCAGAUACUGAGUGCUGCACUGAACAAGAGUGAAAUUGCCAAAGGGGCUCUGAAGAAACGCUUAGACAUCCUGAAAGGAAAGAUCCAGGCAGGCAGAGGCAUUGACUUUCAGUCCAUUCCAGUGCCCCUGAAUUAUUCCAGUGGUUUCCCAGGAGGAGGAGUCAUCGAGCUGGUCUCUGGAGCACCUUAG